UUCAACGUUUCAAUUCAGAGAGGAGAAGAGAAAAAAGAAAAAAAAAGCUCGAGCUCUGAGAUUCAAAGAAAUUUCAGUAAGUUGAAAUCUUUGAAUGGUUUUGUAGGGUUUAAGGUUUCUUAAGAUAGUAAUUCGUAAUGUCUUGUGUUACUGGAUCUCUUGCUUUUGGUGCUCUUUCGAUUUCACCCAAAUCUACAUUCACUUCUCUCUCUAGAUCGAAGUUCAGCAUCAAUUGUUCUGCUGGAGGAACUGUUGCAGAACCACAAGCUGUUGGUGCUGCUGAACCUCUUUUACUAACUGCUGUUCGAGGGGAAAAUGUUGAACGACCCCCAGUUUGGCUUAUGAGGCAAGCAGGGAGGUACAUGAAGAGUUACAUGACGCUCUGCGAGAAACAUCCUUCCUUCCGUGAAAGAUCAGAGAACGUUGAUCUUGUAGUUGAAAUCUCUCUGCAACCAUGGAAAGUGUUUAAGCCUGAUGGGGUUAUUCUGUUUUCAGACAUUCUUACCCCUCUCUCUGGUAUGAAUAUACCUUUUGACAUUGUAAAGGGAAAGGGUCCUAUAAUAUUUAGUCCUCUGAGAGAAGCUGCAGAUGUUGCUCAAGUGAGGGACUUUGUUCCUGAAAUGUCAGUUCCAUAUGUUGGGGAAGCAUUGAAUAUCUUGCGGAAAGAGGUAAACAAUGAAGCAGCAGUUCUUGGCUUUGUGGGCGCUCCUUUCACCUUGGCGUCGUACUGUGUUGAAGGUGGUUCAUCAAAGCACUUCUCAAAAAUUAAGAAACUAGCUUUCUCUGAACCAAAGAUCCUACAUGCACUCCUCCAGAAGUUUACGGAUUCUAUGGCCAAAUACAUUAAAUACCAAGCUGACAAUGGAGCACAAGCCGUACAGAUAUUUGAUUCAUGGGCCACGGAAUUAAGUCCUGUAGAUUUUGAAGAAUUCAGUCUUCCUUAUCUAAAACAGAUAGUCGAUUCAGUGAAAGAGACCCAUCCACAUCUACCACUAAUUCUUUACGCAAGCGGGUCAGGUGGAUUGCUUGAAAGAUUGCCUUUAACAGGUGUCGAUGUUGUUAGCUUGGACUGGACUGUCGAUAUGGCUGAGGGAAGGAGAAGGUUAGGACCUUACGUAGCUGUCCAAGGAAAUAUAGACCCCGGAGUUUUGUUUGGAUCGAAAGAGUUUAUCACAAGCCGAAUUCAUGAUACAGUGAAGAAAGCAGGUAGGGGUAAACAUAUAUUGAAUCUUGGCCAUGGGAUUGUUGUUGGUACACCAGAAGAGAAUGUGGCUCAUUUUUUCGAGGUGGCUAAAAGUCUCAGAUACUAGAAGAUGCACAGUCUGAGUACAUGUAUGAUUUUGUUUUGUUCAGGUUGUAUUAGUUCUUUGGGGAAGAAAAUGUCUGUCCUCUCUUCUUGUAGAUUUUUUGUAUUGUAAUUUUGAGUUGAUCAGUUUAUGAAUGUAUGAUUUAUCAUUGGAAUGGUUAAAAAAUAGUCAUAAAAUCUAUA